CCGCGGGCCCCCCGCGCCGCCGGGACCCCAGCCCCCCAAACUUUGCCAAGUUGCGGGCGGCGAGCGCGCGGGGCGGCGCGGGGCGCGGCCGCGGGCGGAGCCGCCCCCUGACGCCGGGCCGCCCCCUCCCGGCCCGGCCGGCCCGCUGGCUCGGCUCAAAGUUUGCGGCCGCCCCUGCGCCCGCCGAUGUAUGGUGAUAUACUGCGGCGGCGGCAGGCCGAGGGACGGCCAUAUUUGCCGGCGCGGCCCGGGCCUCGCGACCAAAAGUGCGCGGGAGCUCGGCGGGCGCACGGACGGGCGCACGGACGCCGGGCCCGCCUCGCCGCCGCCGCCGCCCCGCCGGCCGGGCCCCGCCGCGCCCCGCGCCCCGCCGCCCGCGGGGAUGUCGUACAAGCCGAACUUGGCCGCGCACAUGCCCGCCGCCUCGCUCAACGCCGCUGGGAGCGUCCACCCGCCGUCCACCAGCAUGGCAGCAUCCUCACAGUACCGCCAGCUGCUGAGCGACUAUGGGCCGCCAUCUCUAGGCUACACCCAGGGAACCGGGAACAGCCAGGUGCCCCAGAGCAAAUACGCCGAGCUGCUGGCUAUCAUCGAAGAGCUGGGGAAAGAAAUCCGGCCCACGUACGCGGGCAGCAAGAGCGCCAUGGAGAGGCUGAAGCGAGGCAUCAUCCACGCGCGAGGGCUGGUUCGGGAGUGCUUGGCCGAGACGGAGCGGAACGCCAGGUCCUAGCCGCCCUGUCGGCCUGGACGCUCUCCGCCUCCUUCCCAGGAGUUCCAGUCCACGUCCCCCGUCCAGACGACGCUUGUUUUCAGAAUGGUAACAGCUCGGUGUCUCCUCCCCGCACCCCGGGGGUCCUUGGGCUCUGACCCCAGUCGCUGAGAUGGAGAAGAGCUUUUGCAGUUGAAUAGGUUUACAUGUUAGUUAGGAACUACCCAGGGUGUUUUGUGUUUUUUAAGCAUUGAUUUAAAGGGUGCACGUCCGAGUGACCUGUCACGGCAAAGUGCAGUUUGCCUCCGAGAUACCAGUAUUCCUCCUCCGAGCCCAUCCGUGCCCUCGGAGGGUCCUCUCCUGUCCUCCGGAGCUGAGGGACCGCCUAGCGCAGUGACCUCUGCGCUGGUGGCCGCUCCCGUCCGCCACACCAGUAGAUCCUGCUUAACUUAACUUCCUUUUUGCUUAAGCGUUUGCAUGACUAUUAGUGCUCUGAAGUCCAUUUUUAAAAUGCACAAGUUAUAAAUACAGAAGAAAGAGCGACUCACCAAACCUCACCUCACUAGGACCUGAAAUUCCUCCCGAGAAUGUAUGUAGAUUUCAUUCCGUCUGUCCUUAAGUUGAUCCAAACAUCUGGACGAAAAUGACUAACACGGUUUGCAUCUUUGUAUGUAUUUAUUACUUGAUGUAAUAAAGCUUAUUUUCAUUAACAGUUGGUAUUGAGAUGCAGGUUCCUUGAGCGAGGGGGCAUUUUAAAGAGCAGCUCAAGGAGAGUUGGGGGAGACCUGUCGAGGGGCACUUUCCCUCCUGACCCCGAAAUGCGUGAGGACGUGAUGAGCACAGCGCGCGGGGGGAAGUGUGUGCUGUGGUGGGUUUGCAUUGCGAUGCCUUUUAAAAAUUUUUAAUUUAUUUUUCUUUAUUG